UCCAGCCCCUUCCUGUUGCCGUUGCUGUUUGCAAGCCGGGCGGCAACUGUCUCCGCUUCAGCGGUGCACCGGCUUUCCCAGUCUAUCCGGGAUUUGCAACCUGAUCCUUCAAGGAACUGGACGGCUGGACGGACGGACAUCCUCGAGGUGGCCCAGAAGCGGAAUCCCGGGUCACUCCUCCGUCUCGCUCGGCGGCGAAGGAGCCACGCGCGCCCAGCCAGGCAUUUUGAAACUAACCCCGAAGAGAGAGAGAGAGGGAAGCUCGCCUGGCAACUUGGGGACGGCGUAGGGUUUUCCGCGUGUCAAUUCAUGGAAACGCGUGGAACUAAGUGGAAAGCCAAAGCUGCUCGUGCGCCUCCGGCUUUGCCGUCGUAAGAACCGCCGCCUUUCCCCUCUUUUUAUUUUUCUUCCCUCCCGCUACUUCCGCGCGCGCUUCGUGAUCCAAGCGACCCGCUUGCGCUGCAAAUUCCCCUUGGAAGGCGAGAGGAGAAGACCGGAAUGACCGCCGAGAUUUGAUAAAGAAGAAGGCAGAAUUGGUAUUCAUUCCUUGUGUUAGUAGCUCUUUGGUACAAGUUAAAAUCUUGUCUCCCGAUUAGGAUCGCAGGUUUAGCUGCGUCGAUCUCGUUUCCGCGUUAAAUAGAACUCUGACGGUAGAAAAAUAAAAGAAUUAUGGAUUCAGUAGAACGUGGUCCUUCAUAACUAAAAAAACCUCACCUCUCUCUUUAUUGAAAAUAUCUAGUGUAGCUUAUCUUAAGACUAUUAGAUAAAGAUUUUGAGGCUUUUCCACUAUGCUCUGGAACAUCCUUUUCAACCUUGUCUUUUGUUUUAGCUCACUCUUAAUUAAAAAAAGAGGCUGCUGAGGAUUACCAUUAGGCACUUCUUGAAGAUCCAUCUACCUUGCAAAAAAAGUGGGGUCAGAUAAAUGUAUGGAAGUGAUACUGGUGAAUUUGAAAAAAAUAUUCAGUUUUGCUGCCAUAUCUGCCUAGCACAUAACUCCAAAGAUUUCCAUUUUGCUUGCUCCAAAUGAAUUUUACAUGUGCACCCAAAUAGGAACAUGUUUUUUUUUAUGUGAUACUAUAAAUAGUUCUCUUCCAUGAUCAAGGGGUGCUCUUAAAUCAGAAUUAUUCCAGUGACAAAAUUCCAAAAUUGGGAUCUACAAUAUGGAACAGAGAUCUUGAUGUUUAUGUGUGGCCAGGAACAUGGGAUAACAUCUUGUCCUCUUCCUCGGCUUAGGUUGCCCAUUGGUCACCUUUUUCUAAGCAGUGGUAUCAUCUAAGGUCUUCUGAUGUUGAAGUCACAGUUGGAAUAUCUACAACCCCUGAAACAGAAGGCAGAACUGUCCAUGCUGGCCAGAGCCCCUGGACUCUUCAACUAUGGCUGGAGACAAAUCUCUCUUUGUGGGCAUGUAAUGUACUUAUGAUCCAGUGGCUAUUCUAUGCAGAUUCCUAGUCUGCCCGUCUGUCCAGUUCAGUGAGAUGAUGGAGCAUGGAUGCCAGAGCCGCCAGCGGGCCUCCAAGAUUAUUUGCAAGCAGAAACGUAAAGAGCUGGAUGCCCAACGUAGCAGGAGCCGAAUCUGUAUCGGAAGCCACCUGGAGCAGUGGUGUCAGCUCAAAGAGAAACUGGGUUUUUCUCUCCAUUCCCAGCUGGCUAAAUAUCUGCUUGACAGGUACAGUUCACAUGCUUCAGUAUUGAAAACAGGAUCAGACAGCUCAGUUGCUGAUCCCAUCGCUUUUCCUUCGGAGGCAUUGCAACGUCUGGUUGUCCUUUCUCACAAUCACAGCCAGGAAUGUGGCUUCAUCCCUAAUGUGAAGACUGCUUUGCUGGAGCAGGAGAAAGUCUGCAGCCAGCUGGAAUGGGAGUGUCCGGCUGGUCAUACCUUCACCUGGAGUCCCCCUGCCUCAAAGAUUAGCCCACCACCCUUUGGCCAAACAGCUUCUGAUGGCAGACAGGAGCAAGAGGAGGAAACAAUCACUUCCAAGCGUAGCCCCCCACCCUCCCCGGUCACCAGAUGCCGGCGCUCCCUUCGCAAGGCAGCAGCAGCCCAUGCCAUUUCGUUAGCACUUGCUUCCAACUCGCCCUGUCCUGUGGAUGAGCCAGAACCAUCUUUCCAAGAGGAGGAGGAAUGUGGAACAGACAGAGAGAGGACCACGUGUAUGUCUCCUCCCAGUGGCACAGGUCUGGUCAAGGAGACAGAAUUACUGUGCAAUACAAAUUCAGAUGAAACAGAAGCUGCACCAGAUGAAAUUCCAGGUAGCACUGAAGCUCCGGGACCUGAAAGGAUUUUAACUCUACCGGGGGAGACACCAGAAUCAGUGUCUGGUCCACCAGAGGAGGAGGAAGCAGAAGAUUUCACAGAGGAAGAUCACAUGGUAUACAUAGACGACCUGCGAGAUGAAAAUUAUCAGCCUUCCUUGGAUAGCUGCAAGAAGCAGGCACAGCCAGGAGAUGAAGAUGUGUCCCAAAUUGGUCCUAAGAGAAUCAGGAAGGCAGCCAAGCGAGAGAUUCUCCUUUGUGACUAUGACGGUUGUGGGAAAAUUUUCUCCAAUCGCCAAUACUUGAAUCACCACAAGAAAUACCAGCAUGUUCACCAAAAGACCUUUACCUGCUCUGAUCCAAGCUGUGGCAAAUCCUUCAACUUCAAGAAACAUCUCAAGGAACAUGAGAAACUGCACAGCGAUAAAAAGGACUACAUAUGUGAGUUCUGCGCCCGCUUCUUCCGAACAAGCAGUAAUUUAAUUAUCCACAGGCGGAUCCACACCGGAGAAAAACCCCUACAGUGUGAGAUCUGUGGUUUCACCUGCCGGCAAAAAGCGUCCUUGAACUGGCACAUGAAAAAGCAUGAUGCCGACUCCUUCUACCAGUUCUCCUGCGAUGUUUGUGGCAAGAAGUUUGAGAAGAAGGACAAUGUCACUGCACACAAGAGUAAGAGCCAUCCUGAGGGGGCCACUGGGCCUCCCCCACCAGCACAGGACCCUCCCCCUCUGAGCUCUCCACUCUCAGCAGAGCCAAUGGCAAACCCGGUUCAGGAUCAGCCGUGUGACAUGGGGGGAAAGGUGGAGCCUCCUGCCCUUGCAAUUACCGUCCUCAUCGAAUAGCGGACCGAGCAGAAGGAGAAAAAGCAAUAGUAGAGAGAAUUCCUGACCUUUCCUGCAGGCCAGUUGCAUUACGUCAGCCGGUUGCAAAAUCAGCAAAGACACAUGGGCCCUAGCCCCUUAAAACAAGGUCCCACCAAUCACAAUCUUUCGCUCAGCUCUUCUGGGCUCGGCUCUGGAAUAAAAGGACAAUCUUGGCAUUCUGCCUUGCCUGGCUCCAGAAUGUCUAGUGGUGGGGCAUGCCUUGACAGUCAGUUUGAUGUGUUUUCCUUCCAUCUGUGGGUAAAAAAGUACACUGGUUUACUUGGCUCUGUUUACACAGCUGAUCUCUCUCGUCCCACGAAUGAGACCAGUGAGUGGUGCUGUCCUAACGGUUUAUUGCAGGGCAAGUUAAGUUGAAGAAUCGGGAUUUCUCAGCCAGUGGAAAAAACAUUGGCCGCAUUAAUUAUGCCUUUGAAUAUGGGAUGGUGCUAGAGCUGGGGGGGCAGGAGGCAAGUUUGAACAAAUGGGUAUAUCAGUGAGUUUAGCCUUCUAUCCGCACCUUUCAGUGUAAGUACUGCUCUACAGGUCUUGGGAAAAUCUGCUUGUGAGACUGUAGCAGAGCCAUCUCCAUGUCUGGAUAUUUGUUUUACAUAGUUUGACAGGUAAGCUGCUCCCCAGAGUCCUCUGAUCAGUAGAUUUGACCCUCGGUAUGGUGAUGUACCUAUCAGAACUCUGUAAAAAUAAAUAUCCUGGCCAGGAGGUCACUGCAACAUCUCUCAGGAUAGAGGCAUGGGGGCAUUUGCUUCUCCACAGAUCUGAUCAGCAGUUUGGUCCUGUCAUCAUGUCAGCCCAACAGCACAAAAUGAAAUGGCCAUGGAAGGACGUUGGCAGGUCUAUAGCAACCAAAAUCAGUCAAUAAGGACACAAAAUGGGACAUUACAACAAGGUUCAGGGGUGUCUAUGGGGAUUCUCAGUCAUCCAGGUCAUGGUUGUCUCAAAGGUGCUUUUUCAAGAGGCAACUGGACUUUC